CUUUUUGAACGCAGUAGUCGCGUAUAAAUCCCCGUAGCCGCGCGGUUCGAUUUUGUGUUAUUUCCCUGCUACGGGGAUCCUUGAACCUCGGACGUUAGAAACGCCUUCGCGAUGUAUCUUUUACAUGAUAUCCAAUAAUCAUUUCUCUCUACUCUUGAGUCAUGUUAUUUUUAAGUUAAUCUUUUCAAUGAGGACUUUCGUGCUCCCGUGUCAAUCUUUUAUGUUUACUCCAGUCAAUUGAUCGUCUUCAAAGUCUUAAUACUUAUUUAUUCGUAAUUCGUGUUAAUUUAUUUAUUCGUUAAAGCAACUUACGAUAUAUUAACUGCAAAUAGUUAAUUGUACAUUUAUCGGAUACUAUGUAUUCAUUAUUCAAUCGUUGAUCGAGAAGAAAUAUUUCGUAUAAUCCAAUUGUACAUAUCUAUAAUUUAAUUGUCGUUUGAAAACAAUUGUCAAGCAACACAAUGUUUUUUGUCUGUGUAACCGUGGGACUGGUUCUCUUGGCUUCAAAGUAUCGCAACAACGUACUUCGUAGCGUCAAACGAUUGUGCCAUGGUAUUACCAACCAUAAUAGUAACUCUACUUCAAAGACGAAUAAUAACACGAAAUUACAUGUAACUUUGGAUAAAAUUAUUCUGGCUGAUUCCUUGGAGAAAUGUGAUUACGCCGUUCAACGUAUUCACUGUAACUUAUCUAAUGGCAUCCUGGGAUUUGACUGUGAAUGGGUUAACGAGGGACCUGUUUCAUUACUUCAAUUAGCAACUUACAAUGGAGUUUGUGCUCUAUUUCGUCUUGGAAAAAUUGGCUACAUACCAACUAAACUUAAAGAAUUACUAGCCAAUAGGCGAGUACUAAAAGUUGGAGUUGCUUCUUUUGAAGAUGGUAAAAAAUUAACAAAUGACUAUGGAUGCUGCAUUUUUGGAACUCUUGAUUUAAGAUCAUUAGCAAAAAGUUUGGGUCUUCCAAGUCCUAAAAGUUUAGCUGCAUUAUGCUUCGAAUACUUAGGAAUAGAAAUGAAUAAGGCAACAGAGGUAAGAUGUAGCGACUGGAAUGCUGAUAAUCUUACCAAUGAGCAGAUUGUCUACGCUGCCUAUGAUGCCGUUGCUUCAGUUUUAAUUUAUCAUCAGAUAAGACAACAAGCGAAAGUUAAAUAUUCUCUCUGGAAAAAUUUGAUACUUUAUUUAAAAAGGAUAUGGAAUGCAGACGCGGAUGAAAAAUUUCAUGGUCUACCUCAAGGAGUCAUUGAUACGAGGUUCAAGGUUCAACAAUUUAAUACAACAAUUAAUAAAGAAAUCAGUCCAGAAGAAAUUAAGAUUAAUAACAAACCACAUAAAAAUAGUAUACCAGCAAGAAAUAAACCAUUGUAUCAUAAUUGUUAUCUGGAAGCACCAGAUGGGGAAGUAUUAUGUACUUGUGAUCGUAAAAAAGCUGAAUGGUAUAUUGCAAAAGGAUUAGGAACUAUUAUACAGGAAGAUCCACUUACUGUGCGAUUGACAUUUGAGCCCUCUGGAAGGGCUUUAGGGGAAGUUGGCAAAUACUAUACACAAGUCAAAGUUAAUCAGUGUGUAGUUUGUGGUUCUUCGGACAAGUUUAUCAAGAAAAACGUUGUCCCAAAAGAAUACCGUAAAUAUUUUCCUGAAAUAAUGAAAUCUCAUCAAUCACAUGAUAUUUUAUUACUUUGCCCAGAGUGCCAUGAAAUUAGUAAUCUCCACGAUCUGCAACUUAGAAAAAAGUUAGCAGUUAUGUGUGGUGCUCCUUUAUUUGAAACAUUACCACAUCAAUGGCACAAAACUUCUAGUGAUUGGCGUAAAUUAUAUUCAGCAGUUAAGGCACUUAAAAAUCAAAACUCAUUACCCGCGAAAAGGCGUCCACAAAUUGAAUCCGUUAUUGUGAAAUGUACUGGCCAAAAAGUUACCGCAGAUCUACUUGACGUUUUGGAAAGGCAGCUGAAAAAUGGACCUAUGCAUCCGCCACUACCAUCCAGUUAUAUGCCACAUGGUCAAGCGGUUGUAUAUCAUUUUCAAAACAAUAAAGGUGGGCUUAUUGAAUUAGAAAGACUAUGGCGAGAACAUUUUGUAAGAAGCAUGAAACCACAAUACUUACCAAAAUUGUGGUCAGUGUCGCACAGUCAUCAACGUUUCGCCAUCCGUCAAAUGCAAAAUAGAAUAAAACCUGAAGACGCAAAAUUAGUUGGCUUAAUAAAGUAAAAGUAAACAUGCAUUUCAAAUAAUGAGUAGAACUACUCAAAUAUGUACAGAUACGCUACAAAGUUUUUGUACUUAUUGUUAAUACAUAUCGACUCAAUCAAUCAGUUU